AUGCGUUCCUCAGUAGUCCUGAUGGUCUCUGCCUUCGCGGCCGGCAUUGCCGCCCAGGCCAACUACACUCUGCCUGCUGGUUUCAACCCUGGCGAGGUCUUGUCCACUGAGAAAGCUUCCUGGUGUACCGGCCAGCGUAACCUCUGCCCGAAGAUCUGCGGUGGAGUUGCUAACGUGAACACAUGCGAUCCGGACUCGCUGAGCUUCUCUUGUGUCUGCUCGGACGGCUCUGUCCCCGACUCUGCUGAGUACACCCAGUCGCUGCCCUACUUUGUCUGCGAGGCCAACUUCGGCCAGUGCAUUCAGAACCACCCCAACGACCUGGACGGCCAGAACCAGUGCAAGGAGCAGGCCAAGUGCGGUACCAAGAACGCCACCAGCGAUGCUGCUUCGACUUCUUCGGCUGCGGCCACCAGCGGCACGGCGGUGGCCACCACUCUGACUACAGCUACGACGACUGCUGGCGGGCAAGUUGCCACGACCACUGCUGCGAAGGCCACUGCGUCUACUUCGCACUCGGCGGCCUCUGCUGUCAAGGUGGCCCAGGACUACUCGGCUGCCCUGCUGGUCGGAGGUCUCCUCGCGGGCUUCCAAUUCGUUCUGUAA